ACGGGGGUGAGGCUGCCUCGGGGUGCCCUUCCCCAAGAUGGCGUCAAAAAUAGGUUCGAGACGGUGGAUGCUGCAGCUGAUCAUGCAGUUGGGUUCAGUACUGCUCACACGCUGCCCCUUUUGGGGCUGCUUCAGCCAGCUCAUGCUGUACGCUGAGAGGGCCGAGGCGCGCCGGAAGCCCGACAUCCCAGUGCCCUACCUGUACUUCGACAUGGGGGCGGCCGUUCUGUGUGCUAGCUUCAUGUCCUUUGGAGUGAAGCGGCGCUGGUUCGCGCUGGGGGCCGCACUCCAGCUGGCCAUUAGCACCUACGCCGCCUACAUCGGGGGCUACGUCCACUACGGGGACUGGCUGAAGGUCCGUAUGUACUCGCGCACAGUUGCCAUCAUCGGCGGCUUUCUUGUGCUGGCCAGCGGUGCUGGGGAGCUGUACCGUCGGAAACCCCGCAGCCGCUCCCUGCAGUCCACUGGCCAGGUGUUCCUGGGCAUCUACCUCAUCUGUGUGGCCUACUCGCUGCAGCACAGCAAAGAGGACCGGCUGGCGUAUCUGAACCAUCUCCCGGGAGGGGAGCUGAUGAUCCAGCUGUUCUUCGUGCUGUAUGGUGUCCUGGCCCUGGCCUUCCUGUCGGGCUACUAUGUGACCCUGGCUGCCCAGAUCCUGGCUGUACUGCUGCCCCCAGUCAUGCUGCUCAUUGAUGGCAAUAUUGCCUACUGGCAUAACACGCGGCGUGUUGAGUUCUGGAACCAGAUGAAGCUCCUUGGAGAGAGUGUGGGCAUCUUCGGGGCUGCUGUCAUCCUGGCCACUGAUGGCUGAGUUGCACGGCAAGAAGCUGAGAUGGGCACAGUGAGCCACAGAGGGCCACCCUGACCCCCUCCUUGCCAGCCCAGUUGCUGUUUAUUUAUGCUUUUUGGACUGUUUGUUUGAGCUUUUGCUUUUUUAUUUUUGAGUGCAUUGUUAAGAGGCAGGUCUCUUCCCCAAAUCCUGGAUUUGGCCCUUUGGAGGAUGGGAGCCCUGACAUGAAUGCCUCAAUGCCUCACAGGUUUUUUCUGUUUGUUAAGAGGAGAGCUAAGGCCAGCUGCUCCUUGGGUCUCCUGUUUCUGAGAAGGGAGUAAGGCAGGGCUGGGGUGCAGGUAUUGAGAGAGGGAGACAGAGGAAGGAAGACAGAGAUCUGGAAGUGAGCCAAUAUGAAAAAUUCCCUUUUGAACCUGGCAGAUGCAGCUGGCUCUUCAGUGCUUUUGAGAGACUGAGAGUGAGCAUGCGUGUUGACAUGUGGCUCAAGCCUGGGAGGAGCAGAGGGGUCGGACAUCCCAGAAGUCAUGUGGGUUCUCAGGGUUUGCCAGGGGAAGAAAUAGUACCAGCACCCUGUCACCCACUUUGAGAGCAGAGCGGGCCCUGUUCUGCUCUGGGAUAUUCAGGGGUGGAGCAGGCAGUGGCUAGCUUCUUACCUCCUGCUGUCUCUGUUUCCAGCUACGUGGUUGGCCUGGUGGGGUUGGAGUGCCCUCCCAAAUACUAGACCACAGUCCUCCAAAAAUAAACAUUUUAUAUAGA